CUGUGACAACCAAGGUAUUAACGGUAUUGGAGUGGAGAACAAGGUGCGCUACAACAACGCCGGCAUCUACAGCACGACGCCUGGUCCCCGUAAUGCUCAAUCCUGGCACUCAUGUUGCGUCUCUUGCUACAAUGAUAUCAACUGCCACGCCUUCAGCUUCCAACAAACCAGUUCAGACUCUGUAUGCGAGUUGACGACGUCAACUUCGAACAGGGAAGAGGAUCAGCAGAACUGGCAGGCAGGCAACAUGGACCGUGACUGAGGAUGCACAAAGACGCACUACUGAUGUACUGCAUCUACUUUUUUUUUUACGCCUAUACAUAACAUGCAUUGAAGAUUUUGC